AUGGCGACGCUGCUGCACGAGUCAAACACGUACUCGGCCAACCCGCAGUGGGAUGAUGUCACGCCUAUUCCACAGGUCGAGCCUGAGGGCGCGCUGGCCGCCAUCGCGUAUCCAGAAGAUUACGCCGAGGGUUCGUUCACCCUCGUACUGCUGGCAGACUUGAACGUCCAUCCGGUCUCAGCCGUGGAGGAGGAGGUCGUUGCAUCAAUGUCCUAUCUGCGCGCCGUCAUGGCCGCGAAAGAGCUAUCGAGGCGCUGUCUCGGACUGACAGAGCACAUCAUAUCAAUGAACCCGGCACACUACACGGUGUGGCUGUACCGGUUCGAGAACGUCGAGGCGCUCGGCAUCUUGAUCCCAGACGAGCUGGCCUGGCUGAACGAGGUGUCGCUCAUGCACCUGAAGAACUACCAGAUCUGGCACCACCGGCAGCAGCUUAUAGAUCACUACUACCCAACCCUGAUCGACAACGACGAGGGUAAAGAAGGGAACAAGGACACCCCAUCGUCAUCAUCAUCCCCCACGAGGCAGCAAUACCCCAACGAAAAGGUCGCCGCACUCGCCGCCUCGGAGCGCGCCUUCCUCACGCAGAUGCUCGAGCAGGACACCAAGAACUACCACGUGUGGAGCUACCGGCAGUACCUGGUGCGCAAGCUGGGCGCGUUCGGCGACCCGGCGGAGCUGCGCAGCAUCGAGGCCCUCGUCGACGAGGACGUUCGCAACAACUCGGCCUGGUCGCACCGCUUCUUCCUCGCCUUCAGCGACCCGGUCCACACGACGCCCGGCUCGCACGCCACGGAGCACGACCCGGCGGUCCCGGCCGCCAUCGUCGACCGCGAGGUUGCGUACGCCCAGGCCAAGAUCGGCCUCGCGCCCCAGAACCAGAGCCCCUGGAACUACCUGCGCGGCGCGCUGGUGAAGGGCGGGCGCGCGCUGGGGAGCGUGCGGGCGUUUGCCGAGGGCUUUGUCGAGGGGCUGGGCGAGGGCGACGAGAAGGAGAGGGUGCGCAGCUCGCAUGCGCUGGAUCUGCUUGCCGUUAUCUAUAAAGAAGCUGGCGAGCGGGAGAGGGCCGACUUGUGUCUGCGGCGGCUGGGCGACAAGUGGGAUCGCAUACGCAAGGGGUACUGGGAGUACCGGCGUCGGCUGCUGGACUCCUAG